AGUUUGUUGUUCGAGUCCUUGCUGAGAUUAUGAGUUAAUAGUUCAAGUUGGGAUGAUUAUGUCAGAUUGUGUUGGUAAGAUAAGUGUUGGUUCAGUAACGUGGUGAUCGGUAGCGUAGAUUUGCGGCUGGCUGAUGAGCUUAUUAUGUCACUGAGCUGAGAUUUUACUGCAAUCAGCUGUAGGAACUCGUAUUACAUCGCCGAAACUGAAAUCCUUUGUGGAAUAGAAAAUCCUCUUGUCGAAUUGGCACUAAGGUUUUGUUAUUUAGCAAACGGGUCCUAAAUGGCAGGGGAAGAAACUCCGAAAUCAAUCGAGCCAGUUACGAAGGAAGACUCUCCCAUGACAGAAGACCUUGCCAAAGAAGAAAUCACACAUUCCGAAAAAGACCUACCCAUAACCGAUGAAGCAUGCACAAGGGUGAUGAUCGCCGUAAACCAGUGUAGUAAGGGAUACCCUAAGCCCUCCAUCAGCAGCCGCGCGGCUUUUGACUGGAUUGUGAAGAAUCUCAUCAAGCCUUGCUGUAAGAAGCGGUACAAACUGCUCAUUCUGCAUGUACAAGUGCUGGAUGAAGAUGAGGAUGGACAUUUGAGCAGUUCGAUGUUUUCAGGAUUGAAGGAACUCGACAGCGUCUAUGCAAGUCCAAGUGACUUUCAGCAUCUGAGGCAUGAAGAGCGUGCCAAAGGAGCAUCUCUGAUCCAAUAUUUUAUCCAAAAAUGCCACGACAGCGAGAUUGAGUGUGAAGGAUGGAUAAAAAUGGGAGAUCCAAAGGCAGUAGUCUGCGAGGAGGUGAAGAAGAAGAACCCUGACAUGCUGGUCCUUGGCAGUCGGGGUCUUGGAACGAUACAAAGGAUGUUCGUGGCUGGAGUGAGUUCUUACGUGACAAAACAUGUGGAUUGUCCUGUAAUUGUGAUCAAGCGAGACCCUAAGGACAUUCCUGAUGACCCCAUGAAUGAUUAGAUGCUCUGCUUCACCGAGAUCUACUUACACUAAUAUGUAGAUGCUAUCACUUCUUGUGCAUUCUAAGUUUAACCACUAAACUUUCCAUACAUGUGACCAUCUGCUAAACUGCCAGAUUGCUAGAAUAAAGCUUUGAUACAUUGAUUCAAAACUGGUUGUUGAAAGGUUUUGAAAUCAUUAACUAUGGAAGUUGUAACGUAGAUGUAUAACAUUCUCGACGGGGAAAUAUUUAUUGAUUACCUGUGUUCAAUUGUGAACAAAAUAGGAAAGAAGUAAAGAAACUGAAUUUUCUUUCGUUAAUAAAUGUGUUUUAAUUUUGAAGAAAUUUCAAGAA